AUGAGUCAGUCCAGCUUUACCAACUUCUGGGCUGGCGUUCCUCAGGGUCCCCCCGACCCCAUUCUCGGUGUCAGCGACGCUUUCAAGAAGGACACUUCUCCCCAGAAGGUCAACCUUGGUGUCGGUGCCUACCGUGACGAGGACGGCAAGCCUUACAUUCUCGAGUCUGUAUUGAAAGCCGAGGACAUCUUGCACAAACAAAGAUUGGACAAGGAGUACCUUCCUAUCACUGGCGCUGCCGAAUUCACCAAGCUUGCCUCUGAGCUUGCCUAUGGCAAGGACUCUAAGCCUCUUAAAGAGGGCCGCCUCGCCGUCACCCAGUCCAUAUCUGGUACUGGUGCCCUCCGAAUUGCCACCGGCUUCCUCUCGAGCUACUACUCGGGUCCCAAGGUCAUUUACCUCCCCAACCCCACUUGGGGUAACCACAUCCCUCUUGCCGAGUCUGUCGGUCUCAAGGUAGAAAAGUACAGAUACUUUGACAAGAAGACUGUGGGGUUGGACUUUGAGGGUAUGAAGGAGGACAUCAAGAACGCUCCUGAGGGUGCCAUCAUUCUCUUGCACGCUUGUGCCCAGAACCCCACUGGUAUCGACCCUACGCAAGAGCAGUGGAAGGAACUGAGCGAGAUUGUCAAGUCCAAAAAGCACCUUGCGCUCUUCGACAUGGCCUACCAAGGAUUUGCCUCUGGUGACAUUAUCCGAGACGCCUUUGCCGUUAGAUACUUUGUCGAGCAGGGCCACCAGAUCCUUCUCUGCCAGUCUUUCGCCAAGAACUUGGGUCUCUAUGCUGAGCGAGCUGGUACUUUCUCCUUGAUCGUGUCUGAUGCCGACGAAAAGGAGCGCGUCCUUUCUCAGAUCAAGCGUGUCAUCCGACCUCUCUACUCGUCACCCCCCGUCCACGGUGCCCAGCUGGUGUCUACUAUCCUUGGCACCCCCGAGCUGUACGAGCAGUGGUUGACCGAGGUCAAGAAGAUGGCCGACAGGAUCAUCUCGAUGCGAGAUAAGCUUUACGACCUCCUUGUCAAGCUUGAAACCCCCGGAAGCUGGACUCAUAUCAAGUCUCAGAUCGGCAUGUUCUCCUUUACCGGUCUUACACCGGAGCAAGUGACCGACUUGGCUGACUAUGCUCAUGUCUACUUGACCAAGGAUGGUCGUAUCUCUAUGGCCGGAUUGAACGACCACAACAUCCAGUACUUUGCCGAGAGCAUGAGCAAGGCGGUCAAGGGAGAGUUGAAGUCUAAAUCUGCACUCUAG